CCCUGAAGAAAACGUUUCGUUUCGUGAAAUUCUGAUGUGAUAUCCCACGAUCUUGCCGCUUAAUUGAGUUUCCGGAAAUCUUUCACGUUAUAUUUAGUUAAAAGAUUUUUUCUCCUAAUCAUCGUUUCAUUUCCAUGUGCUGUAAAGUUGACGUAAAGUGACACAAUGUUGUCACGCAUUCUCACCAGUGAAGAGUUGAAUAUUCUCUCCGAGCCUAUUCGGAGCAAGCUCGACAAAUGGAUUAAUGAAAAUGUGGAGGCUCACUUCGCCACCAAAGCCUUAUUCGAAACCUUUAAGAAAGAUUCUGAUGUUAAAAUUACCACUUUAUCAUCAGAGUUAGAAGUUUGCCAAAAUGAUAGAGCAGAAAUUCAACAGAAGCUGUCCCUUUUAGAAAUAGAUUUCAAAAAUAUUGAAAACAAAUAUGAUACCAGCCGGACAGAACUUCGUACAUUACAUGAGUCAAUCAAGAGAAUUGAAGAUGAAAAUGAGAAAAUUCGUCAACAAAGAGACAGCCUGGCUGAAAGUCAGUCGGAAAUGGCCGCUACAUUGGAAAGAAGAAAUGCAGAACUGGGACGUUUACAAGGAGACAUCGAAGGGCUUCAAAAUCAACUUCAGGCUGCAAUAACGGCAAAAUGUGAAGCUUUAAUUGGAGCUGAUGAAAUAGAAACCAAAAGACUGAACUAUGAGUUGAAAGUAAAACAAGCAGAACAGGAAAAAGAGUUGUUACAUCAGCAGAUAGCCAGUUUGAAUGUUGAAUUGGUUCGAGCCUCUGAAGAACUUGCAAAUACACGCCGCGAAAACUUAAACAGCCUGAUGUCAAUUCAAGUUCAGCUAUCUGAGAAAUCUGAGGAAAACAAAAUCUUGUCAUUUUGUAUUGAAAAAUUAAAAGAAGAAAACAAAGACCAGACAGAGCAGCUCGAAGCAUUAAAACAGCGACUUGUUGGUUUGUGUGAAGAGGAGAACAAGCUACGAGAGAACUACCAAGCGGAAAUUGAAACACAAGUGAAAAUAGCGGAGUUGUAUAAAAACAUGAGUGAAGAGGCCAGUAACAAGGUCGAAGAAACUAUAUGCGGAACUCAAAGGCUUCAAGCGCUCCUUAAUGAAGCAUCAGAAAAGUAUGGUGAACUAGAAACGGAAUUCAAAGCUAAAGAGACCUACUAUGAAGAACUAUUAGCGAAAAAGAAUGAAACGAUCGCCUCACUAAAACAAGAGCUUGAACAUGCCAAUGAUCUCCUGAAGAGUCUGAAGCAAGAGCAAGCUAUUGAUGCCAUGUCACCAAGUGCAACUGCCUGCCAACGCUUACAAAGAUCUGGCCUUACUUUUACUGCACUCUACAGCGACUACAAAACUAUAUCCGAUGAACUGCUUCUCAAAACUCAAGAGAAUGAAAGCUUGAAAACGACACUUGAUCAAAUUCUGAAAGAGCUUGAAUUGAAGUCACCUCUUAUUCAAAAACUUCAUGAAGACUACAGUUACAUCGUACAGAAAAACGAAGGUUUGGUUACAAGAAUGGAUGAAUUAGAAAUUGAAAACAAAGCAUUGAAGACCGAUUAUCAUGAAGCUGACAAAUUACUAUCACAUAUGAAGAGAGAAAAUAAAAAUUUGAAAGAAAAUCUAAAAGAUCUUGGACGGCAAGUUUGCUUCUUACUGAAGGAAAUCCAAGAGCAGAGAGGAACUGUUGUGACUAUGGCUAAUGCCUUGGAUGAGUUUGACAAAUCAGAUGUCACUGAUUCCUCUAAGAUGAUCUCUAAGCACUUGGUUACAUUUGCUGACAUUGAAGAACUGCAAUUGAAUAAUCAGAAACUUUUGGCUGUUGUCCACCAGUUGAGUGAGAAGAAUGAAACAGCUGAAAAAGCUCAGUUAAGUAUAAACUAUGAAGAUUUAGAAAGUAGGCUGAAAAAUUGUGAAAUCCAGUUAUCUGAAGAAAAAGCCAAUGUAAAAAGGUAUGAAAAAAUGCUUGAGAUAGUAAAAGGGCAAAGAGACCUUUUCAGGACUCUUUUCAAACAACAAAUAUCUGGCACCACCCCCGAUGAAAAGAUAGCUCACCUCCUAAACGUUAUUGAGAAUUCUGAAGAAAAUUCAAUGAGCCUAGCAAUUACAGAUAGUAAAACGCCCUCUUCUCCCAAGGAUGUCAGCAGUGGCAGAGUCAAGGAACUUACAGCGGAAUUGGAGAAAGUGCGAAAAGAGCUAAGCAAUUUAAAGAAUGAGUAUGAGUCUAAUCGAGAAGAAAGAAAGAAAAAUGAGCAGAUGCUAAAUGAGGAUUUGAAAACAGCUCAAAAAGAACUUCAAAAAUUAAGAAAUGACAAUGUGAAACUUCUAACAAAAGGAGAGUUUAAUGAAGAAAAGAUCAAAACUUUAGUGCGUAACAUGAAUAAUUACAAGAAUCAAAUCACAGUGCUCGAAUCAAAGUGUAAGCUUUACUCCGAAACUAUAUCGAAACAUGAACAGUCUAUUCUACAUCUAACGAAUGAAGCCAAGGAUGCUAACACGAAACUAGCCCAAUCCGCAGUUGCAGUAGAAAGUUUGCGUCAGAACCUGAACAUUUUGAAGGAUCGAGAAGUGAGGUUGAAUGCCGAAAAAGAAGCUUUACAGAGAGAAAAGCAUGGGCAAGCUUUACUGCUGGCCAAUCUGGAAGCCAUCAAAGCAAGCAUGGAUCGCUCUGAAGGCGAAGGCAGAUUGAACCUCGAACGGAAGUUAGAUGACAGCAUCAAAGAAUGUAAUGCACUGAGAAGGAGACUGCAAGAGGAGCAGGAUCGAUAUAAUGAGAAGGUAAAAACUCUUGAAAAUUCCAUUGAAAUCGUAAAAGGUCGGUUGGAAGAAGAAAAGGCAGCCCGUCAAAACACUCUUGUUGAACUGAAGGACAACCAAGAUAUUCUCUCUGAAAAAGACACAAUCAUCAGUCAACUGAAUGAAAAAAUUAAGAAUAUGCUGAAGAGCUCAGGGUCAGAUUAUCACACCGAGAGUCGAUUUAAAGAGCUGAAGAAAACUUUGAAUGACACCCAAAAAGAAUUAGCCUCUUGCAAGGAAAUGCUAGCAUCGGCAAAUCAGCAUUGUCAAAAUUUCAAAGACAUCGCGGAAUCAUCUGAACAGCAAUUGACAGAAAUUACUCAAGAGUUCAAUAAUUUAAAGAAAACAACUGAAGGUCAGUUAGCUGCUGCAGCCGGUUUGGAAAAAACGCUGAGAUCGCAGCUUGAAGCAUCAGAGAAGAAAAUCAAGGAGCUGCUUACAUUGCAAAGUGAAUCUUCAUCACAACUGACUACAGAAAUCACCUCCAAUAAGAAAGAUCUAGACCUCCUGCAAAGUGAAUUGCAAGCUCUUCGAACUGAAUUGCAAAGAACCCGUGAAGAUUAUACAGCCGCCAUUCAAGCAGCCAAUGAAGCAGACGAGAAGUAUUCUCAUGAAAUGAUGCUACAUGCUGCAGACAUGCAAACCUUGAAGAAGCUGAAAGAAGAUUUGACGAAUUUAAAUAUUCAGCUGGUUGAUGUACAGAAAGAAAGAGAUGAAGCUGUUACGAAGCUUAGUGAACAGGAAGCCUCUUUGAGUGAGAGAGAGGCUGCUCUGAAAGAAGAGAGAGAAUCAUUGCAAGCUAGGCUCAAAGACUUGGAUGCCCAGAACUCAACGCUCCACAGUCAGUUGGAAGCACUUAGCUUCAAAAUGGCGUCGAUUCAUCAAAGUUCUCCUGGUUCAGCUCCAACCUCUGCUGGUGAUGUUGGAGCUAAAGAUACAUCUUUCUCCGAAGAUGAAGCUAGAUCAUCAGAACAGCUUCUUCAAAUUAUCAAAUAUCUACGUCGUGAAAAAGAUAUUGCAGUCUCCCAAUUCGAUGCUUUGCGUUCAGAGAAUGUCAGAUUGAAAUCUGAACUUGAACUUACUCGGCGACAGCUAGAAGAAGCACAAAACAUGCUUGAAACUGAACGCAAAAAAGCAGAGGUUGAUAGUGUGUCUGUGACAAAACAUGCAGAGUUAUUGAGGAAAGUGGAAAUGUUGUACGCUGUCACAGACAGCAACCGUGCGUUACGGGCUGAAAGAGAUGACAUGGCAAAUCAGGUAAAAUCUUUGCAGGGAAAACUGGAAGAACUAGAAGCUCAAUUGUUACAACCAUUGAAGGAAGAAAACAUGAAAUUGUCAGCAGUUGUAGACCAGUUAAAAACAGAAAAUUCUGGUUUGCAAGCCAAAUGUGUCGCUUGGCAGCAACGAGCUUCUGCCCUUUUGGAAAGAGCUAAUGAAAAUAGUCCAGAAGAUAUUAAACGUCUCACUGGAGAAAAAGAGACCCUUAGCAAAGAGGUUGCUGCACUCACUUCUGAACGAGAUAGUCUUAAAGCAGAAAAAGAUUCUCUCACUAGUAAAAUAGAGGCUGAAAAAUUGGCUCAUGAGAAGUCUUUGGAAGAACUGAAAGCUAUUCGAGAGAAAUUCGAACAGAUGAUAGAAUCUUCUAAUAAUGAGAGAAAACUACUUGAAGCAAAGACAGAAAAAAUUGAUAAUUUAACUCAGAAAGUAGAAAAAUUAACCGCAGAAGUCUCUGCACAAUCUCAAUUGGCUGAAACAAGGAAAGAAGAAACAGAUGCUGUUAAAUCAACCUUAAAUAAGCUUGAAGAAGAAUUUAAAACCCUGAGCAACAACUCCACACAGAUUCGAUUCAUUGCAAAGAAGUACAAGACACAGUGUCAAGAACUGACCAAGACAGUUGAGAACCUGAAAUCAGAAGUUCAAAAAGCAGCUUCAACCCCUGUUGAACUUUCAGAGGAAGAAAAAGAAAAACUGCGCGAAGAAGGUAAAAAUACUCUUAGUGAAAAGAUCAAAGAACUCUCAGAGCAGGUUUCAUCGAGCCAAGCUGAGUCAGAAUCCUUAAGACAAGAAAAUGAAAAUUUGAAAGCAUCUUUUGUUGAGAAAGAAAAUCGAGCCAAAGAUCUCCUUAAAAACACACGUAUGAAAAUGCAUCAAUUGACAGCUGACAACGCUCGUCUAGAAAAAGAAGUCAGCGAAUCUAAAAGUAGGGUGUCUCAAGCAGAUUCUGAUGCCAAACUAAAUGCAUUGAAGACUCAGUAUGACAGUAGAAUUUCUCGUUUAGAGAAAGAGAAGGCUGACUUGGAAGCUGAGAAGGAAAAACUGUCCAAGGAUUUAGAAACACUGACUGCUCGAGUUAAUAGUAUGCAGAGGCAUAUCAACUCAAAACCAUCAACUAGCUCUUCCUCAGAGAAAUUAAACACUGAUCCGCCAACAGCAAAUAUUAAGCCAAUGGCAGGCCCGUCAUCAGGGGCUGGAAAGCAACAGCAGGCACAGCAAGCUGUUACAGUCACUCCUUGGAGAGAUACUCCUCUGGCAUCCAUUCGACCAAUUACCAUGUCCAGAACAUUGGCAGUGCCACCAACCACAAACUCAAGCGUUGCAAGUGUUGUACCGCAACAGCAGCAGCCUCAGCAACAGCAGCAUCCACCACCGCAACAGGCGCAGCAGCAACCGGCUCACCAGCAACCCCAACCACAGCAGAAUCAACAACAGCAGUUGGUUGACACGAGUAGCUCGGAGUUGCUGUCCGCCUCCCCUACAUCGUCACACAUAGACUACACUCCUUUCGUCCGUCCAAUGAUGAUUGAAUCGACCAACGAUUUGGAAGUUGAGUGUGGGAACGAAGAACAGCAUCAUGUAGCAGCGCAUCAAACUCAGCCAGCUCAGGGUCUUACUGCUCCAGGAACGCAGACACAAGUUAAUGUUGCCCUUGUGCUCCCAAGGGAAAGAAAUGAAAGUGCGCAGCCUGUUGCUGAACAAUCAGUCAGUAACUCUCAGGACAGUAACCAACAAAAUUUCUCCGUUGUUUCUAAUUCAAGUAGUUGUAAUCAAGAAACUUCCAGCACACUUUCUGAGCAAUCAGUGAGUGACUCGACGAAUUCAAACCGUAAUAACGAACUAGUCUCAGCUAGCAGUCAGCAACACUACCAACCUGAGAGGAGUAAUGAGUCUAAUAAUUUAGUGAGCAGCCAGCAAUCAGUAGUUGCUAGCAGUCAUGAGAACAUUCCUCCGGAACAAUCCAUUGUUGUAGCGAGUAGCCAUCAAAGCAUUGUUGUUGCCAGCUCUCACCAGAGUGUAACUGUUGCUAGUUCCCAUCAAGCUGAACCGUCAUCACAAGCUACGUGCUCCCACACCGUUACAACCACUCAUGCCGGGCACAAGAGGGUUCGCGACUCUGAAGGUGAUGCGUCUAGUCAUACAGAUGACAGUGGGAAAGAUCAUCUUGUAAAGAGAAGUAGAGUCUCUGUAGAACAAGAAGAAACCCAAGGUGAAUCAGAAGUUGAGUACCAAGUACCCACUUCUUCUCAGCGAGACCAAGAAGAUGAUGCGAUCACAGUCGACUCGGAAACCUCUAAUGAAGAAGAAGAGGAGGAGGAGGAAGAAGAAGAAGAGGAUGGAAGCGGAUUGACAGAAGAGGGUCAUGGAGAGUAUGAAGAAGGUUAUGAGAUGGAAACUUAUGAUCGCGACGAUGACCAAGAAAUUGGAUACAAUGAAGGAGAAGAGAACAGCGAAGUGGAAGUGAUGGAUAGCCACCGCGGUGGACAGUCCAGUGAAGCAACAAGCAGUCACAUGCUGCGCAGACCGGCUGCUAUUACACCUCUCUCCCGACAGCAGCAGUUGCUGUUGCCCCAAAAUUAUGAGGACGCUGGUGAUGAUAGUAUUGUGCCCAGCACGCCUACUUUGUUCCUACCACACCGUCUGGAUGGGUUUGGUGAAGCCGUCAGUUCGCCGCACGUCCCAUCAACCGGUGGACGCUUCACUUUUGUUGAAUCUGGUACACCUGUAUCUAGAGCAGGCGUUGCGCAAGUUGUGUCAGAAGGUAUGGACGACACCACAAUCGAUCUCAGCCAAUUGGAGACAGGCCGUUCAGUCCCAUCAACUCCAUUACAAGUAUCACCUCAAGGAGAAGGGAGUGGAGAAAUCGGGCAAAGUGAAGAAGACAAUUUCAAUGAAGAAGAACCUCAAGAACGUAAUGAGUCCGAAUCUGCUCAAGACGCCAUCAAUGAUAUGUGCGAUGAUGAUGAUGACGAUAACAAUGAAGAUAUUGGAAAUGAUAAUCGUGAUAAUGAUUCCCCCGAGUUGAUCAUUCUUGACAUAAAUGAUGAUAAUGGAGAUGAGGUGACUUCAGAAGGGGAAAAAACUCAAGCAAGUGGCUCAGGUAGUCAAGGGAGUGGCGUUGAAGAAGAAGGAAGAGAAGCAGAGGCAGCAACUGAAAGGAUCAUCGUUCAGUUGGGAGCGAGAGGCAACACAGCGCGCAGAGUCAGGAGUGGAUUCUCUAGCAGAGCAGGAAGGAGCAAUCGCCAGCCUCCUACGCCCAUUGUAUGGGAUGAAGUGCCCUCCACCGCCGUUGCCCUUUCCUCUCAAAGGGGUGCAAGGGGAGGUCGAAAUGUCCCUUCCAAUGUUUUAGGAGAAAGCCCGGAUUUGCAGCGAGGUUCAUUCAGAGGACGCAUGCGAGGAAUGCGUUCACGAGGAGCUUAUCACUAUCAACCCAGAUUCUAAUCGAGCUGUCAUAAAGCAUCUUCUCAGUCAACAAAUUUCAAAAAAUAAAAGUAGGUCUCAUGACUUAUUCCAGUUGUCCUUAAAUUUGACCUGGUCUGAACAAAUUCCUAGAUAAAUCAUAAGAUAAGUUCUCAGAGGAUCUUUUCUAAUUUAUUAAAAUUGUACAAUUUAACUGGCUGUAUGUAUGACCUUUGCUUACAAUUUCUCUAGUGUGUUGCGCUUUGAGCUCAACAUAAAAACAACUUAAACCAAAAUUAGACAUGAAAUGAGGUAAUUGUUUCCAACCAAGUGAGAAAUACUGAAGAAUUUCUCCAAAAAAUAUGUACAACACUCCUCGGAAUUUUUUUUCCUUUUACAGUAAGACCUCAAUUUACUAGAUCAGAAUUUAAUGGAUUGAUCCGAUCUCUUCAAGGGCUUCAAGCCUAUUCGAAUUAACAGAUUCCGCAAUUUAUCAAAGCGACUCGUCAGCCCUGCUAAAUCCGGUAAAUCACGGUCUCACUGUUCCUAAUGAUUUUCCUUACAUUAAUUCUUCGACAUGUUUUAAUUGAACAGUGUGCUUUUUAUUGGAUACCACUUACUUGCUAUCCUAUGCUCUGCCUCAUCCCAAUUACUUUAUUUUUUUCAUCCCUUUGGUUUGAGUUCAUAAGCCUCAUGGUUCUUACUUUGGCUUUUCUUUUUGCAUUUUUCUGCAAAAGUUUGUACCGACCUUAACAGGGUGACCAGUUUAGGCUCUAAAAAUAAUAAUUCUCGAUAGUUGGAGAACUAGACCCGAAUUUUGUUGGCUGGUUUGCGGUCAGCUGCAAGUUGAGGCUAGAAUGUUGACAUUGUUAUUUGAUUUUGUUUAUUGAUUGUUUUUGAUUUAAUGAUCUGCAACGUUGAAAACUGAAUGACUUGAUGAUGAACGAUGGCUGGAGCCCCCUGCAAAAAAAGCUCAACUUCGGCAUAGCUUAAUUAAGCUAUGCCAAAGUUGAGCUUUUUUGCAAAUUGAACUUUAAACUUAAGUUUAAAAUACAAUUUUCCUGAUUUAAAAUCAGUUUAGGUUUUGCAACUUUCAAGGGACCGCAGCUAACAAAAUUUGGGCCUUUGUGGACAGAACAGUGUUACACUGUUGUCGUUGUAGUGCAAAGCACAUAAGUAAUUUCAUCCUGUAUCAUUUGAUAAGGAAGUAAGCAAACUGUCUAUUGUCUCUUGCACAAAUUGUCUAGUCUAUGUGUUUUCAACUCAUCAACUGCCUCGUAUCAUAGGAGCAACGCACUCUCUUGUUUCCUUAAUGUAACCACUUAAGUAUAAGCCCAAGACUACAGUUUCCAUGAUCCUUAGACUAUCAAGCCCAGAAAAUUGGGGAAAAUUUCCCCAAAGAAUUAAAAUCUUCGCUGUUUUCCAAUGGAAUGGGCUGCAAUUCAUUCACAGGACAACCAGUUUCUGUUGAGAGGUGUGCACUCAACAAGUCUAGUCUGGUAAUGACAGGGUUACUGGCAGAAUUUUCUCAUUGUUAUGCCUCUUAAUAGAGCUUUGACCAAAAAAAUUCAGAAACUCUUGCUUUGAAAAACGAAAUGAAAAAAGUUGGAGAAUUGUCUUUUCCUUAGUUUGUAGACACCCUUGUUUUUCCAAAAUUCCGGUGGGUUUUGAGUAAAUUGUCUGCUGUGUGAUAACUGGCCUGGCAUGGCAGCUGAUGAGUUAAAAUAAACUGGAAAUUCAACUUGACAAAAAUUUGGAAUCAAAUGAUAAAUUUGAGAACUAAAAGUUUAGAAUUAGGCAAGCAUAGAACAUCAGCAAUACCAAGAAGGAAACCCAAUAACUGUUCUUAAAAAAAAAAAUGAUGCUUUCUUUGUGAGGCUUGUUAGGACAUCUAUCUGUUUGUACGCAGAGAUAGGACUGGUAAAUUUCUUUUUUUUUAAAAAAAAUUUAAUGCUUCUGUUUUAAGGCCCUCAAUAUCAUUGAUGAAUAGAGUCCAUGCCAAAUAAGUUUUCUCACUUUUAGUUUGUGACAGAAGAUCCAUCAUCUUGAUUCUUGCAUUUACUGUCCAAGCUAAAUCUUCUGGAACAGCCUAAAAGUGCAUAAAUUUAUUUGGCGUGAACUCCAAUAGAAGCAAAAUUCGUAAUGAAAGAUGCAGACCUCAUGCAUUGUAAUUACACAAUGUCAGUUUUAAUUUGAUCCUGUUUUACACUAAUGUUAAUUUUAGAAAACCUUUCAAAGAAAAAAAAAUCAAAUGUGAUAUUAAUUAUGUGUUUCCUGGAUGUAGAUUUAUAGAUACCUCAACGAAAUUGUAUUGUAUUGUAUUGUAUAUAUGUAUCUUUUUUCCAGUGAACGAGUUCUAAGGAAUAAAAACUAAUUUUUUAUA